CCGACGAGGCUCGGAUGUUUCCGUGAGGGCCUCGGGCUGGGGGGCUAGCGAGUGCGUCGGGCUCUUCGGCUGGGUAUUCACAGAAGGCGCUUAGGGCCAUUCCGCAGCGUAGGGCGGCGACGGGCAUAGGCGGCUGCGCAGCUUUGGCGCACGCACAGAGCGCAGCGGCAGGAGGCCGGCACGCAGCGGAGUCAGCAGCGGGGACAAAGGGACUGAUCGGCAGGAACGGGGAGGGGGGGCCCGGCGGGAGGCAGCCGGCGCCGGGAGGGAGCGGCAGGAGGCUCCAGGUGGGCGGGCGAGUCCCACGUGCCCUGGGCGCCCGGAGAAGCAGCAGCAGCGACAACAACAACAACCGCGCCGCCAGCGCUCUGAAGCCGGCUGAGGAGGAGCCGGGGAGCCGCCGCCGUCAUGGCCUGCGCUGCCGCCGCCGCCCGCCGCCCGCAGUGCAGCGUCCCCAGCCUGAGCCGCCGCCAGCUGCCCCUGCGGGCGGAAUGAGGAGCCGGGCCGGAGCCGCCGCCUCAGCGCCGCACUGAGGAGCCUGAGUGAGGGAGCGAGCGAGGCCGCCCGGGCCGCUUCACCUCUACUCCGCCCGCCGCGGAUCCCACCGCGCCUGCCGGAUCCCCUUGCGAAAGGCUGCAUCACCUCCUGUCGGCGGAUCCGGGAGCCCCGAGAUCCCUCCGCCGGGGAAAAAAUAGUCCCGUUCCCUGCCGCCUCCCUCAGAGGCGAGGGGGAAGGAGAAGAGAGGGGAGGGGGGAGGAAAAGGAGGAAGAAAAAGAAGAAGAAAAAAAAGAGGGAAAAAAGAGAAACCCGGCGGCGGGAUCGGAGGAGCCGGGCCGUGAGCCUCCGCCCCAUGUGACUGGCGCCCAGGGUGGGGGCAGCGAGGCCUAGCAAACCCCCCUCGCUCGCGGCCAGGAGCGGGAGCGGCGCCGGCGGGGCUGCGGACAGGGCGGAGGCGGCUCUCGGACCCACCGGCGCUGCCGGGAAGGAUGGUUGUGUGAGGAACGGGUGGCAGGAGGAGGAGGAAGGAGAAGCAGCAGCAGCAGCCGCCGCCGCCGGCGGGCGAAGAGCGCGACAGAGACCGCGAGGGGAGGGGGCUUCCCCGGGGGGGGGAAGGGGGGAGCCCGGCGUUUCAUGUGGCGCGUCCCGCCCGUCUCCUCCAGCUGAGCGAGCGAGGGAGCGGCAGGCGGGCCCGCCGAGCCGCCGGGACGAGGCGGAGCGGGAAGGCAGGAAGAGAGAGGUGAUCGGGGCAGAGCGGGAGCGGGAGACCAUGUCCGGGCGGCCCAGGACCACCUCCUUCGCGGAGAGCUGCAAGCCGGUGCAGCAGCCCUCGGCCUUCGGAAGCAUGAAAGUUAGCCGAGACAAAGAUGGCAGCAAAGUGACUACGGUAGUGGCAACUCCUGGACAAGGUCCAGACCGACCACAAGAAGUUAGCUACACAGACACCAAGGUGAUUGGAAAUGGAUCUUUUGGUGUUGUGUAUCAAGCCAAACUGUGUGAUUCAGGAGAGCUUGUGGCCAUUAAGAAAGUCCUGCAGGAUAAAAGAUUUAAGAACCGAGAGCUCCAGAUUAUGAGAAAGUUGGAUCACUGUAACAUUGUCCGAUUGCGUUAUUUCUUCUACUCUAGUGGAGAGAAGAAAGAUGAGGUGUACCUCAACUUGGUGCUGGACUAUGUUCCUGAAACAGUAUACAGAGUUGCCAGACAUUAUAGUCGGGCCAAACAGACACUCCCUAUGAUUUAUGUCAAGUUGUACAUGUAUCAGCUGUUCCGGAGUUUAGCCUAUAUCCAUUCCUUUGGGAUCUGCCACCGGGAUAUAAAACCACAGAACCUCUUGCUGGACCCUGAUACAGCUGUUCUAAAACUCUGUGACUUUGGAAGUGCGAAACAGCUAGUUCGUGGAGAACCUAAUGUCUCAUACAUCUGCUCUCGGUACUACAGGGCACCAGAGUUGAUCUUUGGAGCCACCGAUUAUACCUCUAGUAUAGAUGUGUGGUCAGCAGGCUGUGUAUUGGCUGAACUGUUACUAGGACAACCAAUCUUUCCAGGUGACAGUGGUGUGGAUCAGUUGGUGGAAAUAAUCAAGGUUCUGGGAACGCCUACAAGGGAGCAAAUUAGAGAAAUGAAUCCAAACUAUACUGAAUUCAAAUUCCCUCAGAUUAAGGCACAUCCAUGGACUAAGGACUCGUCAGGAACAGGACAUUUCACCUCAGGAGUACGGGUCUUCCGGCCCCGCACUCCACCAGAAGCAAUUGCUCUAUGUAGCCGUCUGUUGGAGUACACCCCCACUGCCCGCCUGACUCCCCUGGAGGCCUGUGCACACUCUUUCUUCGAUGAACUACGGGACCCAAAUGUCAAGUUACCAAAUGGGCGAGACAAACCUGCACUCUUCAAUUUCACCAGUCAAGAACUGUCAAGUAACCCAUCUUUGGCUUCGAUCCUCAUCCCUGCUCAUGCCCGGAACCAAGCAGCUGCUUCAACCCCUACAAAUGCUACAGCGGCCUCAGAUGUUAACGCAGGAGAACGAGUUCAGACCAAUAGUGUAGCUACAGCAUCAGCCUCCAACUCCACCUGAACCGGUACCAAGCAGCCAGCUGCACAGGAAAAAUCACCAGUAAUUUGAGUCUUGCUCAGCAACACUGGUCACAUUUGGAAAGAAAAUUAAAAAGAGGAAAGAAAAAAAAAAAAAAACCAACAAACCAACCAACCUGUUCAUUUUAGUGUUCAAUUUUUUAUUAUUGUUGUUCUUAUUUAACCUUGUAAAAUAUCUAUAAAUACAAACCAGUUUCAUUGUAUUCUCACUCUGCAGGGUGUCCGGGGCAGGGGACUAGGUGGGGGGAGGAGGGAAAGCGGAGCAAUACAACACACCAAUGUCUCUCCCCUCGACAAUCUCUUCAUGUUGGAAGUUUGCUGUUGUGUACUUCAGAACCAGGACUCUUGCCUCAUGCCCCCUCCCUCAACAGAAAGAAGGAAAAAAAACAAAACAAAACAAAAAAAACCCCAAACCUCAUUCUCUGCUGAAGUUUUUUUUUUUUAACCUCUUUUUUUGUUUUCUUUUUAAGUGAAGUUUCGGACUUUGAUGUAGUGCACAGCUUGAAUUUGGUCGGGAGCUUAGCAGGGGUCAUUCGACAGAGCUCAGCGUUUCUUGUCAGCGGAUCCAUAUCCCAGGUUGUCUGAAGAACAGCCCCGGCUCGGUAUGGGGAGCGGGCGACGUGGUAGGAAAAUAGGUUGCUGGGGGUGGGGGUGGGGGGGAGGGUUUGCCGUGUGUCUAAGGCUUGAGCCGCUGGUGGAAGCCUUUCGUUUUUAAAAAAAACAGCACUAGUGAUGAAGAAACCUGCAGCUUCACUAUGGGAAAAGUCUUACCCAAGUGGGUUAUAUAUAAUAUAAUACACACACAUGCACGAACACAAGCGGUUAGCUUUACCGAAGCAGCUCCUUUGCCCGGCCGGAGCUCCUGCGCCCCGUGUCGCAGGCCGGCGCAGGGCAAAUCGGCCGGCGGAGGCGGCCGCUCAGCUCCCUUCUUCAGCAGAGAAGAGCGGACGAACAAAACCCUCGGAGGGGGCGGGGGCCCAGCCGGGGAUAUUAAGGGACUUUUUGGAAAGUGGCCACUGUGAAAGCGUUUUCUGUUUUUCCUUCCCCCCCACCCCGCCCCGCCAGCUCUCGAUUUGAACAGGCUUCCCUUUCCCAAGGUGCGUACAGGAAAAGGACACCAGGGUUUAUAAUGUGAACUGUAACAGUCUACUGGUUUAUUUUGUAAUAUUUUUUUUAACUGCAGUUUUAACUUGCAGGAUGCCACAUUCUACGAUAGUGCUGAUUUUAAAUCCACAGCUAGAACCUGUAUUUAAUUUCAUCUUUUUUAACCUCUUGCUUUUUUUGAUCUCUAUUUAUUGAUGCGUGUUGCCACGUCGCCAUUAUGUUUUUACAUUGGUAGAAUAUUAAUAAAAUACACAUCUGAGUGCUCUUGACAGUAAUUUGUACCUGCUGACUUGUAGGAAAGCUGGCUAUAUAUGAGUGUGUGUGUAUAUAUAUUAUAUAAAUAUAUACAUGUAUACAUAGAUACAAUACUGCUUUUUUUUAUUUUGUCUACGAUCUCGAAACAGUCUGACUGAAGCAUGAGGCGAAUGCUUGUUCUAGUCCAUCUGUUCAGGGGCCGGGUUUCCUCCCCGCGAUGGCGCGUGGUGUGUGAGCAUCCACAUCUCUCUUCCUGAAGUCAAAGCAAUAUUCCUCGGGGAAAGGGUCAGGUGAGCGGCAUAGAUACGAGGCUUUUGGAGGCCUGAUCUUGUGGUAGGCUUGUUGUUGGUGUCUGCUCCGGCCUUAUCCUCCUUCAGAGAAACUGUAGUCGCCUUUGAUGCUUAUCAAGCUGUUGCUCGACCUGCGGAUCUCUAAGGCAAGCGGUUGCUUUUCGGGAACGCGUGGACCUUCGCGCAGCCCCAGGGGUAGCCGGCAGUCACGGCUUCAGCAAGCUCGGCCGCUGCAGGGGCAGCUGGGGUUUUGCUCACGACCUCAGCGCGUUUCUUCUUGUAGCUUUUAUCCUGUUGAUGUGGGAUAUUUUGGAAACUGUCUCUUGGCAGCCCUGGAACUGAUGUAAAAGCCCUGCUCUCUCCCUCCUGCCUGACACACGGGGUUUCGGGGAGGCAGGAGCUGUUUCAAGAGGAGAGUGACCACCUACCGUGAAACCGAUAAACGCUCAUGUUCUACCCCUCGGCGAUUUGCUGUUGGGCACACACGAAAAAAAGGCGGGGGGGGGGGGAAGGCUUUAAAGCUUUCAGCUGUCAUUAAAUUCUGGCUGGCUGCAAAGGAAAGCACACCCACGUUUAGAAGCGGAAGGCUUUCCGAAUCCUUACAUGUGACUUAACAGAAAGGGCUGAAGAGCAUCUUAAUGCGAGAGCUCGGCUAGUCAGUGUCCCGAAAGGUAAGUGGAGGGGCUUGGUUGACCCAGUGAUCCAAAUAGAUGCAGGAGGCUCCAAAAGUAGGACAGUGGCAGGGUGUGGAUCUGCUGUAUAGGCGAGACUGCUGAAGCACUGGCCGCAGACGCUGUUAUUUGGAGGCAGUAAAUUACUGAGUCUUUAAAAGGAGAGGAGGAAAAAAAAAGGUAAUAAAAAUAAUGAAGAAAAAUUGCUGCUUGUGCCAGGAAAUGUGGCUUUUCUUCUUUUUUCAUUUUAUCUUUUCGUUUAAGACUGGCAGAGGGGAGUUCAGAGCUUUUCUCUCUGGUUUUGUGACUGUGCCGGCGUCUGUGUGUGUCUUGUGCGUGUGUUAGGCUGGGGGGAGGGUCGGGGGUGCCCCUCUGGUUUUAUUUUGUUUGGGUUUUUUUUUCCAAGGGUCAUGGCAGGAUCACACACUCUUUUAUACAAGUUAGAUCCAGGUCUUUGAAUAACCUUUUUUGUAAAUAAGAAAAAAACCACAAAAAAAAAAAAAGCCAACAAAAAAAAAGCUCCUCACCAAAUUCAAGCUUGUACAUUAUUAUUUUUGGUUGUUUUUGAAUUUUGAGUUUUAUUGUUUUGUAUGUAAAUAUGUGGACCCAGGAACUGUUAUUAAUGAGCAAAAAGUUACUGUUCAGGGCAGUGAUUCUGUUUAAUAAUCAGACAAAAUGUAGACGAGCUUUUUAAAGCCAUAUAGUUUUAACUCUGUACAGUAGGUACCGGCCUGUAUUAUUGUAACAAUAACUCUAGCAAUGUAUAGUGUAUCUAUAUAGUUUGGAGUGCCUUCGCUUCCAUGAUUUUUUGAAUUUUAUUUCCCUUUUUAUUUUUUCUCCCCUUUCCUUUAAUAAUGACGUCUCCCACCUCAAGCCUGCAUCUUUGCUCCCCACCCCCCCCACCCUGGCCGCCCGCUCUCUGAGUGCUGUAAGGUUUCGGUGAUAUCCUGAUCAGUAGCAGAACGAAAGGAAACAGUCUCCACCAUCAUCUGUUUCAUUGGAGCCACAGCUUUGUUCUGGGUGUCUCCAGGUUGCCCACCCUGCCCUCUCCUCCUCCUGCUAGCAGCGACCGGUUUCCUUGGGACACUUGCCGGAGCGGCUCGGUUAGGCUUUGCUCAUCUCUUCCCCCCUUAGUCCUGCGCCCGGAGGUCGCCUGGGCGGCAGCAGCUUCCACAAGGCUCAGCCUUUCCACCCUCCCUGCGGCUGUGCCGGGGGCUGCGGCCAGGCUGGCAGGCGGAAAGGAUCCCCCGGGAGGGGAAACCCCCCGUGCUCUGCAGCCGUGCUGCGCUCGGAGCCCUUCGGCCACGCGCGGUAGGAGACCACGGUGUUUUUUUCUGCCAGGGGGACUUUCUGUUCCCUUUCUCUUCUCCCUCUUUUUCCCCCCGCACCCCUCCCCAGAGUCACUUUUGUUUUCUUGAGAUGGUAAGUUUUAACAUGACUCUUGAUUUCUUGUGCCCAGCACGAAGGCCUUGUUUCUAAAACUAGUUUGCUUGUGUUUUACUACCUUGUUAGUAUUCCACAUAAGAUCGUCUUGAAUGGGAAAACACUUAACUCUUUACCAAACCAAAGGUUGCUGUUUUAUUUCGAAGCAUCUCGUGUUCAUUCCAGUGAAGCAGAGGCUGCACUUUCUUUCUGGUGACACGAAGGUCAGUGAUGCCAAGCUGUUGGUGACAGUCCGCUCAGAGCUCUCCCUCUCUUCUUUUACUCUCUUUCGGGCUUGUUUUUAACCCAGUCUGGUCUUGAUCUGUCCUUUACGUCAGCCCUCCUGUGGCGUGGGUCUCUGAGCCGGACAUGAUCGCACUCCGUCUCCCCCGACGGACACCCGGUCAAGAUGCUGGUGUUCUCUAAUAUUAAACUUAUUUUCCUUGCUAGGGAAAACAAAAAAAAAUAUGACCUGCAAAAGAAAAUUGGCUGGUAGAAGAUCCCCAAUCACUUUGUCCUCUUUAUUUCGAAGCCGAGCUUUACCUAAAAUAACGGCAGGUGCCUGUGACUUGCAACUUAAAUUUCCCCCUGGUUUUCAGUACUUGGAAAAGUAGAAGUCAAGCAGCCUGUCAGACUCGUACUCCUGUACUAGGAACCUCAGCCACCGCGGAGAACGAGGCAAAGCUGAUGAGGGAAAGCGCAGUAGGGUGUUCGGUCCGGGCUCUGCCUUCCGGAGACUGCCAGCAGGUACCCCUGGGGCGGCAGCUGAUUUCCAUGGGGCUCUCAGCCGGUUCUGGUCGUAGUUGGCUUCGUUUUGCAACACUGCAAUAAUGGCAAAACGACGGGAAAGGAAAACAGUACCUAAGGGGUUAGCUCGAGAAAAGUAGCUUCCUUGUGUUGGUCUUUCUCAAUUUAUUUUUAAUAUAUAUAUAUAUAUAAAAUAUAUUUAUAUAUAUAUAAUUUGCUUGCCUGUAAAAUUUGCGUUCAUUAAUGUGUUGCUGAUGGAUCACUUGGGCCUGUACACACCAAUUAGCGUGACCACUUCCAUCUUAAAAACAGAAAUCUAAAAAUAUAUAUAUAUAUAUAUUAAGGACUGUGGGUUGUAUACAAACUAUUGCAUACACUUGUGCAAAUCUGUCUUGAUUUAAAGGAAAAGCAAAACCUGUAUAACAUUAUUACUACUUGAAUGCCUCUGUGACUGAUUUUUUUUUUUUUUCAUUUUAAAUAUAAACUUUUUUUGUGGAAA